AUGUCUUAUAAUAGCAAUUUCAAUAGACAUAAUUCAAUUGGAGGUAAUUGGAACUUACCACCCAUAAAUGGGUUCAAUGGUGAUCCACUAGGGAAAGAUCCUUCAGAUGGGAAUAAUAGUUCAAAUAGUAGCUUAAAUAUUAAUUCUAAGAAUCUACCUCCUAGUUUUAAUUCCGGUCAAGCACCAAUGUCAGGGUUCAGGAAUCCAUGGUACUAUUCAAAUCAAUCAAAUAAUUUAUCAAAUAAUUUAGCAAGUCCUACCAGUGCCAAUAGUGGUGGUAGUCCCACUAAAACUUCAUCAAUACCACUUUUACAACAACAACAAGCUCAACAGAAACGAUUAUCUUUUGCCAAUCAAUUACCUGUAACUUACGAAGAUGAAGAUGGGAAUGUUAAAAACAUCCCAAAUUUUAUUCAUCCUCCUACUAGAGCUGAUAAUCCUUUUAAUCAAUACUAUACGAACCCAGAUGUCCAAUUAUUGGGACCUGAAAGAAGAAUGUCAGCAGCUGUGGAUAAUUUCGGUAAUCCUAAACUAAACGACUUUAAUCAACUAGAACCAGGAUUUAAUCCUCAAUUCCCUAAUCAUAACACUAUGAAUGUCAAUCCUGGUAUGAAUUAUAACAAUAAUAGAAGGUCGUCGGUGGCUGUUGCAGGUUAUAAUCAAUCGAAUGCUUAUAAUAAUUAUGCAGCUGUUGGAGGUGUUAAUUCAGGUAUCAACAACGUUCCUCAUCAAUUUAAUUAUCCAUUGAAUUAUCAACCACCCAAGGUAAACUAUAGGUAUGGAAGAUCUCAGAGUGUAGCUCAAUAUGAUCAAUACCAACAAAUAGUCCAACACCAAAGAUCUACUAAACGAAGGAAACCUGCACCUAAAUUAACUAAGAUUUAUAAUAAGACUGAUUUAAAACCCAGAAUAAACCAACAGCCAAAGUAUAGAAGAUGUUCAGUUAAUCUGAUCCAUAUAUCACCUGUAAAUGCAUUAUCAGUAUAUUUAACCGAAUCAUUUAGCAUAUGUCAACCGAAGAAAUUCCAAUAUUCAAGAACUACUAAUCCUAAGAGAGUAUUAACAAAACCGUCCGAACCUAAAUGUAACAAUGGAUUCGAUAAUGAAGAUGGUGAUUACAUUUUAUAUGUCAAUGACAUAUUGGGAACAGAAGAAGGUAGGAAAUAUAUUGUUUUGGAUUUAUUAGGUUCUGGAACUUUCGGACAAGUGGUUAAAUGUCAAAACUUAUCGAAUCAAUCAGUAGUUGCUGUAAAAGUUAUAAAAUCUAGACCUGCUUAUAUGAAUCAAUCAUUGACUGAGGUGAGAUUAUUAGAAUAUCUUAAUGCUCACGGUACAGGUAAUAAAUUCAUCAAAUUAUUAGAUACUUUCAUGCAUAAAGAGCAUCUUUGUUUAGUUUUUGAAUUGUUAGCAUCCAACUUAUAUGAAUUGAUCAAACAAAAUCAAUUCCAAGGUCUCAAUAUGAAAUUAGUGAAAAUUUUGACUAAACAAUUAUUAGAAUCAAUGGCUCAAUUGAAAAGUUUCCAAAUGAUACAUUGUGAUCUAAAGCCUGAAAAUAUCUUGUUGUGUCAACCUGACAAACCUGAAAUUAAAGUCAUUGAUUUCGGUUCUGCAUGUUUUACUAGAGAAACUAUUUAUUCAUAUGUUCAAUCAAGAUUUUAUCGUUCACCUGAAGUAAUUUUAGGUUUACCAUAUACUGAAUCCAUUGAUAUGUGGUCAGUAGGGUGCAUUGUGGGAGAAUUAUUCUUAGGAUUGCCAUUAUUCCCAGGGACUUCGGAAUAUAAUCAAAUUUGGAAAAUUGUUGAUAUGUUGGGUGUUCCUCCAAGACAUAUGAUUGAAGUUGGUAAAGCUUCAUUGAAUUUCUUCAAUAAAAUCGACAAUGGACCUGAUGCCAAACCAAAUUAUACUAUCAAGAAUUUCGAUGAAUAUGUUGAUUUCUUGAAAAGUAGAAAUAAAGAAGAAAAACUGAAAAAGGAACAAAAGAAUAAAAAUUAUUUCAAACAUAAAUUAUUGAAAGAUAUUGUGUUACAUUACAGAUUACCUUCCAAAAAGAUGACCAAUUCCAUGAUUGAAAAAGAAUGUGAAGAAAGAUUAUUGUUGGUAGAUUUCUUAGAUAAAGUUUUAACCCUCAACCCAUUAGAAAGAUUAACUCCACAAGAAGCUUUAAAACAUCCAUUCGUGAAGAAUGUCGAAUUAAGUAAUCAACCCGAAAAGAGACGCCAAUUUAAUGAAGUUUAA